GUCAGAGAGGCUAUAAGUUUUCAAAGUAGGCUAUUAGUGAAAAGUUCCCAAAAACUACCCGUCUACCAGUGACCCGGUCUAUCAUCCGACCCAAUACCACCAAGCCCAAUCUAGCGGCGGCGUUGCUACCAUCACCACCACAACACCACCACCAGCGCCCUGUGCCCUUAUGAAAUAUAGCCGCACAGUAUCCCAACUCAUGUUUUGAGUCCUAUAAACUGAAUUUCAAGAUACUGAAAUACUACAACAACAACAACAACUAAGCCUCAGUCUAAAACAAGUUGGGGCCGACUGUUGGCAACGUAUUUGUUUGUGUUGCUUUUUGAAGUUGAAGAUACAAUGAUGAUAGGAACGGCUUGUUCGAGGAGAAGUAUAUCUACAUUUUCUUGUUUAUGCCAGAGAAUUAAGCAGACAGAACGUGAAAUUGUUAAGAUGUUUGAAAUGUCAAGGCCUAAGGCUGAAACAGAAGGUUUCCAAGAGAAGCAAGCACCCUUAAGAAGGGGCUCUGUAAGGAUAUUAGAUGAGAGGUUCAUCAGGAUUCUGAAGAUAUUUAAGUGGGGUCCUGAUGCUGAAAAGGCCUUGGAGGUGCUAAAGCUGAAAGUAGACAAUGAGUUGGUUCGAGAGGUUCUGAAAAUAGACAUGGAGAUCAGUGUGAAACUUCAGUUUUUCAAGUGGGCUGGUAAAAGGAGGAACUUUGAACAUGACUCUACUACCUACCUGGCUUUGAUUCGAUGUCUUGAAGAAGCUGGGCUAACAGGUGAAAUGUGGAAGACGGUGCAAGAAAUGGCUCGGAGUACAUGUGUCAUUACUCCUGCCGAUCUCUCUGAGACUGUAAGAAUUCUAGGCAGGGCAAAAAUGGUAAACAAAGCACUAUCAGUAUUUUACCAGAUUAAAGGCCGCAAGUGCAAGCCAACUGCAACCACUUACAAUUCCAUUAUUUUGAUGCUGAUGCAAGAAGGUCAACAUGAAAAAGUACAUGAGCUCUAUACCGAAAUGUGUAAUGAAGGAAAUUGUUUCCCUGAUACAGUUACAUAUAGUGCUCUUAUAUCAUCCUAUGCAAAACUAGGUCGUGAUGAUUCUGCUAUUAGGUUGUUCGAUGAAAUGAAGGACAAUGGUUUAUAUCCCACUGCAAAGAUAUAUACUACCUUGUUGGCAGUUUACUUCAAAAUGGGUAGGGUGGAAACGGCUUUAGCAUUAGUCAAUGAGAUGAAAGAGAAAGGUUGUGCUCCAACUGUGUAUACUUACACUGAAUUGAUAAGAGGGCUUGGUAAAGCUGGUAGACUCGAGGAGGCAUAUUCUGUAUUUCUGUCCAUGCUAAAAGAGGGAUGUAAGCCGGAUGUUGUGUUGAUAAACAAUGUGAUAAACCUUCUAGGAAGGGGAGGACGUAUAGGUAACGCUCUUAAACUGUUUGAUGAAAUGGAAUCAUUAAACUGUAAACCGAAUGUUGUGACAUAUAAUACUAUUAUAAAAUCCCUGUUUGAAUCCAGAGCUCCUGUAUCCGAGGCUUCAUCUUGGUUUGAAAAAAUGAAAGCAAAUGGUGUUGCUCCAAGCUCUUUUACUUAUUCAAUACUUAUUGAUGGGUAUUGCAAGAAAAAUAGAGUUGAAAAUGCUUUAGCCUUGCUUGAGGAGAUGGACGAGAAGUGUUUUCCUCCUUGUCCAGCUGCCUAUUGCAGCUUAAUCAAUAGUCUUGGAAAAGCAAAACGCUAUGAAGCUGCAAAUGAGUUGUUUCAAGAACUAAAAGAGAGUUGUGGAUCUAGUAGUUCUCGGGUAUAUGCUGUAAUGAUAAAGCAUUUUGGGAAAUGUGGGCGUUUGAAUGAGGCUGUCGAUCUUUUCAACGAGAUGCAAAAACUGGGAUGUUCUCCUGAUGUCUAUGCAUACAACGCAGUCAUGUCCGGGCUGGUGAGAGCAGGUAUGCUAGAUGAUGCUUUUUCCAUGCUUCGUGCUAUGGAGGAAAGUGGUUGUGCUCCCGACUUAAACUCAUUUAACAUAAUACUAAAUGGUUUGGCCAAGACCAGUGAUCCACAACGGGCGAUCGAGAUGUUUACAAAGAUGAAACAUUCAACAAUUAAACCCGAUGCUGUCUCUUACAACACCAUUCUUGGUUGUCUUAGUCGUGCUGGCAUGUUUGAGGAAGCUGCAAGGCUGAUGAAAGAGAUGCGUGCCAAUGGUUUUGAAUAUGAUCUUAUUACAUACUCAUCAAUACUUGAAGCAGUUGGUCAUAUUAACGGGGAUGGUACAUAUCAAACUUCCUAAAAGAGCAUUGAUAUGUAAUUGGCUUUUAUGGUAAAGGUUUGAACUGGGGUAUGUUCAGUACAAUAUUAGCAUGCAUGCAGAAUCUUUCACCUGUUUGCUCAAAUCGCUGGGUGGAAUUAGGUUUGGCAGAAUCCAGUAAAAAGGACGGGAAUGGUGAUCUUUUGGCAGGUGGGACCUGAUUAGUUCCUUUUGUUUCGUGAUUCUCUCUGUGUUAUAUUUCUCUAAUCCUCUCUGUGAAUGUUUGAAACUAGUUAUAGAUUUCCGUUUAGGCUAUGUUUAUUCUACCUGUUGGUAGCUUCUUUAUUCUGAGAACUUGCUUUAAGAACUGUGAUUUGAAUUAAGAAUUCCUUAUUAAUCUUCUUCUGGAAGGGAGGGAUGGAGAAAAGGCAGGUUUCACUUGUCCACUGCUUUGGAUAGUUUUUCACUAGAGAAUUCAAUUACUUUGCGCUCCAGGAUAUUUAACAGCUGCUCUUUCCAUCUCCUUAGAGUGUGCCAAAAGCUUGUGAGUCUGAUCUUUGCUGCUAAAAAUUGGAGAUUCAGGACUCAGAAAUCACUAUGGAGUAUGGACUAUGGAGCGAGUUUACUGAAGCCAAGUACUGUAAGAGAGCACAGAAUGGCUGAAGUUUGGGAUUAUGGACAAUCAUAUUUGGAGAAGAUUGAUGGAAAUCAAACCAAAGGUGCAGGAGUUCAUUCUAUGGAAACCUAAUGCUGAAACUACAUUGUUUUGAUGGGAUAAUUGGUCUGGUCUUGGGGCUAUUGCGAAGUUUCUGUUACCUUGGCCAAAAUCUGGUAGAAUUGAAUUCAAUACCUUCUUGGAGGAUGAUAGGUGGCAAGUCGAUGAGCUGAAGGAGAAACUCCUCCACAGUUCACACAUUUUGAAACAAGUGGUAGCAACUAAAGUUGGGACAGCUUGAUAGCAUGGAUCAGGCCAUCUGGAAACCUGCUAUAAAAUUGAAUUUUCUCAUGUAGAUCAGCUUAACGAGUCAUGAAAAUCCUUGUCUUCACACAAAGAUAUUGCACAAAAAACUUCCAUUCAAAGUGUCAUUUUCUAUGUUGAGCUGCUGAAACAGAUAUUAUCUACAGAUAAUGUUAUAAGGAGAUUUUGGAUAACUGGGACAGGCAGAUGCUUCUGCUGCAGAAAACCUCAGGAAGAUUUCAUAUCUCACUUUUUCUUUUCUAGCUAGCAAUCAAGGAGAGUACGGCAACAUUUUGGAAAUGUUCUGGGAAUUAGAGAAGCUGCUGACUUGAGGCAAACUCUGAUGACAUGAUGGUUAGUUAAGCCCAAGAAUGAAGUUCAUGCCUUUAUAUUACAAUGCCAAAUAUCUAUCAUAUGCUGUGAACUUUAGAAACAAAGAUGUGCUGCCAAGUAUAGUGGAGUGCAUUGUUCCUUGAAUGAUUUUCCAGAUUCUCCUUAGCUGUUAUGCAGUUGAAAUGCCAUUUCAAAAGCCAUGAAUGGACAGGCACAUGGACCGAGAUUUGCGCCAGCAUUGAAGGCGUCAAACCUGGAUUGUUGAUUACUGAAGUACAGGGGGAAUUAGCAUAAGUGGUAGACUUGAGUUAAACAUUGAUGGUAGUUGUAAUCCUGUUUUGAAAACUGAAGGUGUUGGCCGGAUUGUUAGGGGAAAAAUGGGGAUUUGAUCAUGGCAUUUGCUAAACCACUUCAGUUCUGCACUAAUAAUUCUGCAGAAUGUGAAGCUGCUUUUUUCGGUCUUUUCUGGUGCUCAAUGUAGGAAGUUUGCCAUGUCAAUUUUGAGAUGGACUCUCUCCUAAUUGUGAACAUGCUAACUGGAGUUUCAUCACCUUCCUGGGAGCUUGAGGAGGAUAUAUUGAAGAUGAGAAAAAUCAUACAGCAGCAGCAGAUAACAGUAUAACAUUGCUAGAGGGAAGGGAAUACUGUUGCUUAUGCCUUGGCUAAAUUUGGAGGGGAGUAGCCGCCUAUCUUGAUAGCUGAGAUCUUCCUAACUAUACAGGACUUGCUACAGGAAGUGAAGGGUGCUCUCGGGCUUGACAAAACUCAGAUGCCCAGCUUUAGAGUCAACACCAGGCAGCUUUGUAAUUGUACAGACUUGGUCGACCAGAUCGUUGUAAUUUUGUUAGCUAUAUAUAGGCCUUUAUUUAUGCUUUAUAUAAGUCAGUUUGUGGCAAGCUAACACUGACCAAAUAUAAAGGAGGAGUCCUCCUCAUCUCAUCUUUGGCAAGUCACAUAAAAUGUAAUAUAUGACACACUUUCUGUUUUAGUUUGUCCCUAAAGAAUGACACAUUUCUCUUUUUACAAGGAGAGAGAAUGAAAAUACA